AUGCCCGAUCACGCAGAAAGCCUGCGACUUGUCACCAUCUCUGAGUUCGAGAAGUCGGCUAAGCAGAAGCUGUCAAAGGAGGCAUGGAGCUACUAUCGGACCGGCGCCGAUGACGAGUUCACCCUUCACAGAAACAGCAACAUCUACAACAGACUAUUCAUUCGCCCGCGUGUGCUUCGCGACGUUUCACACAUAGAUACGACAGUGACGAUCUUCGGCAAGCACUACAACUUUCCCAUUGCCAUCGCGCCUUCGGCGUAUCAACGGCUGGUCAGUGAUGAUGGCGAGAAGGAUAUGUACCGCGCCAGUCGGGCAGUUGGAACGAACAUGACCCUCUCAACGAAUUCCACCACUAGUCUUGAGGAUGUUGUGGCAUCCGCACCAGCUCCAUCCGGCGACCAGCCCCAUCUGUGGCUGCAGCUCUACGUGAUGCAUGACAAGUCCAUCGCGCAGGGCCUGCUCGACCGGGCAAAAGCCGCUGGCGCGGAAGCAGUCGUCGUCACGGUCGACACGCCUGUGAUCGGCAAUAGGAUCCAUGAACGCAGGGAGCCACUCACACUUCCGCCGCACAUGUCUCGGGCGAACCUGCCGAAGAUGAAAGUCGCGGCCAAAUCGAGGCUGAUCCUUAAUGCUCGCACGGCGGCUGAAGCAAAGUCCCUGCGUCAGGAGUCAUUGGCGACGCUCAAUGAUGACUCGAUGACUUGGCAGACAGCGAUUCCAUGGCUCCGUAAGGCUACAGAUCUCAAGAUCCUUCUCAAGGGCAUCAUGACGGCAGAGGACGCCUUACUUGCUGUGGAAGCGGGCGUCGAUGGUAUUGUUGUGUCGAAUCACGGCGCACGCCAGUUGGACGGCAUGCCGUCCACUCUCGAAGCUCUUUCGGAAGUCGCUGCAGCUGUGGCAGGCCGUAUACCCGUUGUCUUUGAUGGUGGCAUCAAGAGAGGUGCCGACGUGUUUAAAGCACUAGCGUUGGGCGCAGACUUGUGUCUUAUCGGGCGGUCCGCACUCUGGGGACUUGCUCAUGAUGGCCAGCGAGGCGUGGAAGAUGUGUUGCAUAUCUUAGAAAGGGAACUGUUUCGGACUAUGGCGCUUGCUGGGGCGGCCUCGAUUAAAGACAUCAAGCGUGAGAUGUUGGGCGUUGAGCGGCAGAAUGGCUUCGGAGUUGUCAAGCUCUGA